ACUACGUCACGACGCGUUGUUGACGCCGCUGUGGCAGUGGAGGCGACUGUGCUUCCCUGACAGUAAUUUCCUUUUGAUUGUUUUUGUCAGGAUUGUUUUCCACUCUGUGCGGAUGACAGUCCGUGAGGGACAGAAGCCCUUUUCAUGUAGUGUUAGCCAUCGAAGAAUCGACUCCAUGGAGGUCGUGGACAGCCCGCUAAAUCUCGUAAGUCUUCGCCCAGGAUGUUGCAAUAACAGGCUAACGUUACUGUAGCUAGCAGACUGCAGAGGUGAGCUACAUUAGCUAGCUUCCAGCAGCAAACCGCUCGGGUGUUUGUGUUCAGCUGCAGCUCUGGACUCUCUGCACAUUAUUCAUACACACACUGGUUUGUUCUCGAAACGACGAGCGAGAGGUUUGAGCCACUGUCAGGUUGUUAUCUGUUAUUACUGCUCUAUAUUUAUGCCCAUGUGUUAGAUCAGGUGUCUGAGGAUCAGGUUGGAGUUAGUUUGAAGUGUCACACAAAGAAACAGGAAAAGAAAACGCUUCCUCAUCGUUAUUUAAGAGCCUCCGUGUGUCCGUGUGAGAGGUUUAGCCUGUCCCUCGAGUUUUAUCUGGGGUCUGUAUAAAUAGUCUCAUAUUAAAGGAGGUCAGGUGUGUUCAGAAGUAUCAAUGAAACCUGAAAGAACUACUAACCAACGAUCCCACCUGCUCCUGUAUGAAGGCUUUUGUGGAAACCUCAGACUCAGUGUGGUUAUGACUCAGCUCCACGUGAUUGGUUGAUCAGGGUGAAUAAAUAAAUAAUGUAUCAUGAAAUUCCUCUCAAAUAAUAACCUUAUUUCCUAAUUGAAAUUAUUAUGUAUUUGUGGAAUAAUUCUUUAAAAGGUAUGGUGGCCAAGAACCGCCACUGCUGCAAUUAAAAAAAAGACUGCAAAAAAAAGAAGUCACAACAGACGUUAAUGAUGCAAAUAAAAGAAAGCAAAGCCGGCUGUAAAUAAAAAAAAAUAAACUGUCGAUAAAAAAAAAAAAAGCCACAAUGAAAGUUUAUGACGCGAAAAAAAAAGGGGGCAAUGGAAAAGUAAUAGUUCUCAGAACUCAGAAGUGAUUGUGAAAUUGUGGAUGCUCCAGUAGUUCCCUGAGGGAGAACAGGUGACAAAGAAACAUGCAGACCAUGAGGGACUGUGAGGAAAACAAAUAUCACAGGGGGGCCUCUUAGCAGAUCGAGACCUGAAGACUCUAAAGAAAGCGUCAACAGCUUCACUUCCUCUUAACAGAGCGAGAGUUCAAGAAAUCAAAAGACACGUCAGUACAGAACUUACAGCUAAACACCUACAGACAUUUUCUGUGGUCAACAACUAAGGACUCAGAAGGUCAGUAAACACGCUUGAACUUGAAUUACCUGAGGCACAUGGUGUGCUGAAACAACAGCAGAGACCAAUGUCACCAUUGAAAUUGUUGUACCUGCAUGUAGACUCGCUCGCAAAAGAGGCAGGCUGUGACUGUGACAGGUAAUCAAAGGAGACUGUAAAUGUUGUAACUCUCUACAGUGGUACAAAAAAACAGCUGCAUGUAGUUUUGAGAUGAUGGAAACAGAUUAUUUCUUAACAAUACCCCACAACGAUAGCCCUCACUUCUUUUAUUGUUAGAGUGCCUUUAUUUAGACACAGUCACAUCAAGAAAUGUAAUGUUUUCAGCUGCAAGAAUUUAACACAACUCCUCAAAAGGUAUCACAAAGGCGAUGUCUAAAAAUAACCAACAGGGGCACGGAAGAGAAACUCAAUUUUACACCAAACAGAAGAACAGAGUUUACAGUGACGAUUAAAACACGAUUAUCUGCUGUCAAUCACAGACCUGAGCUCUUUAUUACACUGCAGCAUUGAUUUGGGGGGAAUGGGAGAUUUCUUCUUGUAGACUGGCAUCAUUUAAGAAUUAUACACUGACUCUCUGCCUCUAGAACAAGUAAGACUGAUGUUUUCUGUUUGUGUGUGAGCAAAGAUCAUGCCGAUGCUUGAUCAAAAUGUUGAAAUCGUUGUAAUUCAACCUUUCGUGGAAAUACUAAAAGCCUUGUUUAGUAUAAUGUAUGCCAUUACACAAUACUGUUGGAUCAAAUGAAGAGGCUGGUACCCAUCAUCAACAAAGAAGGAAAUGCUUUGAUGGAAAAUGCCUUUAAGCUGCCAUCACUGUGAAAGUUAUCUUUUUUUAAUAAUGUCAAACACUUUACAUUGUUGUCAUAAAUUUCCUUGAAUAAUUCUGAGGUCAUAUCGCCCUCUACUCGUUUCUUAACCCAACUCUUCCCUCCAUGUGUCCUCAGGCUCAUCAGCAGUGUAGGAAGGCAGACCGUUUGCUAGCAGCUGGGAAGUAUGAAGAGGCCAUCUCGUGCCACGGAAAAGCAGCUGGUGAGUUCACUGAUACUGGCAUUUACACCACACUUACUCUUGUGAGGGCAGCAGCAGAUCUGAUGUGCCAGCGUUAUUAGAUCUAGUGCUGGAUGGUAGUGUUGGGCGAUAUGACGGUAUAAAAGUGUCUACCGGUAGAAACUUUGCGAUACCGUUUAUUAUACUGGCUCUGUGGUUGGAUUCAAGCUGGACUCAGUGGAGGAUGUUGCGGAGAGAUCUACACUGAGGAAGGUGGAGACUAUUCUAAAGAACAUGGAUAAACCACUUCACAACACAUUAAUGGACCAAAGGGCCAAUGGUGGUGGACAGCCCCUCGCUCUUCGCUGUAGGACAGAAAGAUUCAGAAGAUCUUUUGUACCAACAGCCAUCAGACUUUACAACUCUUCUGUCAAUAGUAGAUAAGUUUUAGAGACAUGACAAAUUCCCUUCGGGGAUCGAUAAAGUUCUUCUUAUACUUAUUCUCAUACCGGAGAGAGAGCAGAUGUAGCAGAUCGCUGUAGUUGUCUGCGCUUGCUGACAGGAAAGCCAGAGUGCAUCCGUUUGGGUGCAUUUCCAUAUAUUCACCACCAUUUUGUGCAGAGUUUUUCGCUCCAUUUGGUUGGUCAGGUUUGGGUGCGCUCCCUGUAAUCACCAGCGUGUCCUGCAGACUGCUUGGCAUAGUUUUGAUGGAGAAGAAACAGCUUCACUGGUGGUGGUCGUGGCGGACACAGAGGUUAGUGGCAGUACCGAGCAAACGGAGGCAACAGAAGGAAGAGCUACAGUGAAUGCGGCAUCAUCCGCCCAGCAUCCCAUGUCUCACUUGUUCUCGUUAAACAGUUAGCUCGCAACGUUGAAACGUCGAUGUUGUGCGUUUAUUUGUGUUUGCAGAUAUUAUGCAAUAAAUGGCGGAUCACAUGAAACAACAUUUGAGUCUCUCCAAGCUGUUAAACUUACCUAGUGUCGUAUUUAUUCAGCGAUGUAAACAAACACUGUUACCCCCAAAAUGGCAACCAAGGCCCACAAUGCAUUGUGACAUCUAGUGCCCUUUCAAGCCCUCUUAUUCCCAGAAUGCAUUUCAGCCUUGAAAUCUUGUUAUAGAUUUAAUAUUACAAGUGAUUCUUUUUGCAAAUAUUUUUUGAUCUCUUUCUUAAUCAUGCGACUCUGUUUGUUUUCUAGAUCAUUUGACAGAUGCUAUGAAGAAAACUGAAUGUGAUCAGGUAAGACAUCUAGACAUAUUUCUACAUGAUUCUGUGGGUCAGCGGGUUCACUGAGUUAAAGAUAAUUUUUUUACAACAUUAAUGUAUAACUUUAUCUGAAAAUAGCUGCUAAUGAAAUUCAUUGUUUUUCAAGACAAGCAGGUGUACAUUUAAAGGUAAAAGUAAUAGUUAGUUUUUUGGUUGUUUUGACGCUGAUGAAAACUAUAUUUAGAUAAAGAACACAGGCUCUCUGACUCCUCCUUCACUCAAUAUGUAGAGGUCAGAGGCUGAAAAUAUGAACUGACUUUUUUCCCACAAACAGACAGACGCAGCAGCUCACGAAGAGACAGCUAAGAUCGAGUACAUGAGCUGCAGAGAGGAGAAGUGACAAAGUGAAAUCAAACUCUGUCCAUAAGCCUUUUUCAUUAAUUAUUAAAGUGGACUUUCAUUUCAAAAUGAUCACCAAAACCUCAGUUCCUCAUUAGCCUACUUGAGUUCACUGAAGGAGCACAGUGCUGUAACUGCAGACAGCAUCAGGUGGGGAGUAUGAGUCGUUUGUGAAGGACUCAGCUCUAUGAAAACAGCUGUAAGAGCAGUUUGGGGAGCAGACACAGUCGGUUCUUGCGGAGCUAAAUGAUCUGAAUCCUUAAAAACAUCCUGAAUUCUCAUCACUGCAGACUUUCUGCUGAGGUUUCCAAACUGUGCCCUCACAGAUCACAGACAAACUCAAGCAAGAUUGUACAGCCUCGUAGAUUUAAUCAGCAGAUCUUAACUGAUAUAAUGUGUUUGAAUUUAAUCCUUUACUGGACUCGAAGGAAGAGAGGUGGAUCUUCAGAUUUCCAGCGGGUUUCAACAUUGACUUUAACUUCUACUUUAACUGCUGGAUUUAUGUAUUGCCUCAUCUCGAUCAGCUGAUUCUCAUUGUAUCUAUCUGUAAGGGGAAAUACUUUCAAAGGAGCGGACGUAAACAUCAGUCAGGCUGAGAUGACAGACAACAUCAGGACCGCAGUGGUGCGGUUGUCUACCCUGCUGUGUGGUUUGCUUGUUGACGCCACACUAUUUCACUUUUGUGGUUACUGUGACAACCAUAGCCAGGAAAUGUUGGUGUCAUCGUGUCAGCUUGAAGCAUUUCUUCUUUGCUUCAGUUCAAAUUUUCAUUCCAGUUUGCUCUUUUUACAAUCAGGAUCAAGUAAAAACUACGAACAAUCAGAACUUUUGAGAAGCUGAAUCAAAAGUCAUCUAACACUGACCGAUAUCCCUAAAAACAGCUGCUCUUUAAUGUGUAAUCUUUAUGCUCAGACUCCUUCCUUCUGCAAAGUUAAUGAUUAUACUGUAUCAGUAGAUUACUGCUAAUAAUAAGCUUUUCAAUACACAAGAUUAUCAUUUUAGAGUCAUAUUCAUAACUUAAUAAGGUGGAAAAUAUCCUGUAAUACCAAUGAAUCUUAAUACAAAAUUCAACAAAGAAAACUAAGUGGAUAACAUACAGUAUGUUAUCUGAUGUAAGAAAGGUCUUAACAUCCCUGAGCUCAUCGAGAUAAAGAUUAGGGGCUUUAGGAGAUAUUAGAGGGGUUACAUGUCACGUCUUCUCAGGGUAGAAGUAAAGGUUAAGAGUUUAGAGUUGUUCAGGUUCAAUCCUAAAUAUAACAGUAUGAUGGUUCAUCUCUAUCUGGACUCCUAGAACAGUCAAGAUCAUGAAAUUGUCCAGAAGCUCUACAGUCUGCGAGUAUAUCAGUGUUGACUUUUGUCUCCAUUCAGCUCCCUCUCUGGGCUUUGGAGUGAACUCACCUGUAAAAAUGAAUCAGUCCAAAGUCACUUCUGCUACAGCGCAGGGUCUGAGUCUCUAUGUUGUAAACAGUAACUCAGAGAUGCUCCCACCAGCUCUGCUGCCCUGGCCUGGAUUGCAGGAGAGUUAGCAUGCUGGUGGAGACUAAUGCUUCUGCCUUGGUAUCAACAAGCAAGAGUAAAAAGUGCCAAAACAUGUUUGAUUUGAUCUGAAAUUUGUGAUCUGAGUUAAUCGUCAUUGUCAAAGGGUUGUCGAGGGUUUUAGACCAAUCAGAGUCAAGCAUUCCACUUAGAUAGACAGGUAACAAAUACUUCAUAUUUAGUUGGUAACAGGUUCAGCGUGUUUCACACUAAUCUCAAUCAUUGGUAACCUAGUGUAUAAAAACACAGCUGACUGAAUGAUCUCCGGGUACCUCAGUCUUAGAAAUAGAACACAGGGUGGCCCUCACAGUUAAAGCUGCACCCUGGCAGCCCUGUAUCACUGUUGUUGUUGUUGUUGUAAGAAGUGUAGCUGGUGAUGAUCAUGUGUGUCUGCAGGCCCGUCUGUCCAUGGAGCUUCAGAGGGACAGUCACAUCAAACAGCAGCGGCUCAUCCAGGAGCGCUGGAAGAGAGAGGCUCGCCGUGAGGCAACAAAGGCCCGACCUGGCCAGGUGCAGCCCUCCAGCGGCCUCUCAACCCAAACCAAUCCUGCAGGCCAGUCCCAGCCCCACGGCUCCUCGGGCCUCUCAGCUGCAGAGCACGGUGGAGGCAGGGAGAGAGAGUACGACACCUUACUCUUCCAACUCCAAACACGGCAGACUGGAGGCUGCCAGGUUUUGACCCCACCGUGUCCAGGAUCUAAGACCACCAAAGACGACAAAACCCGCCUGGAAGAACAACAGACCACCAUUGAGGACCUGCGGCGCCUGGUCGAACACCUGAUGGACGAAAACCAACGACUAGCAACUGAUAACGAGCGACUUCAAUCUGAAAACGCCCGUCUGCGCUCCGAGGCAGCUGACGCAGCAGACUUUGUGGAGCGGUCGGAGCUCUGGGUGCUCCCGCAGGCGGGCGGAGCUAUGGGAACAGGGGGUGGGCAGGAGAGGAAAAGCACAGGGAAGGGGAAGGAGAUUGCCAUCCCGCAGCUGCCCCCGCUGGAGAUGCCGGCUCAGGAGGAUCUGUGUCUGGAUGACCUGCCUCCUCUGGAGCUUCCAGAGGACAUCCAGAAUGAACUACAGGAGCUGCUGGACAGGGAUAAACUGUGAUAAGAGACAAACUCACACAAACAUACAAACACAGAAAGACACACACAUACACACAAACACACGCACACAAGUUUGACAUGAAACCCACAGGAUCUGUCUGAUCAGACCUCUGCUGGACAGAAAACUCUGCUGGGAGUGAAUAAAGGAGGGAAAGUCAUACACAGAAUGAAGGGAGAGUCAGUCAGUCAGUCUCACACAGUCUGGAGAAGAGAAGAGGUCUCAUCAGACAGAAAGUGUUGACAUCUAUACCACUAACACAAGAUAAAGGAGGAGUUCAUCCACAAAUACUGUCAGGUGUAGCAUCAUAUGAGGGUGUUUGUCAGAGUGCCUCAGCCUGUAGCAGAAAAUUAAGCUGUUAUAAACAUGGUUAGUGAAUUAUUGGAGUGUAAUGAAGCAUUCGAAUCAUGAUACGGUACAUAUCACAGCAACAUGAUUCAGUCAACAUUUAAUCUAUAUGUGAAAUAAACACCUGGAUUUCCUGGAUAGUGCUGUCAGAGUCAGGGUUAUUGGCAUUUCCCGAUGUCGGGGCAGGAUUCUUGUCAUUAACGCGCCGCUCUUUGCGUAUAUCACAUCGCAAAGUGCCGAUGUUUACCAGAAUGAGCUUGAGUCAUCGCUCUGGUUUGCAAAACAAAGCCUUCAUAUCCAAUUCAGAUCAGUAUGAUGAGAAGUAAUGAUCAGUGAUGAUGAGCAUGACGUUCAUCCAGAAACGAACAGCUCUGAGCAGUGUGGGCAGCUUGGUGUGAGGAACCUUUACUUAAAAGUUUAGACUGUUAAGACUUCAAUUCAACCACGCUGUAUAGUCAGAUAUCUGCACAGAUGAACAGAUGAUGGAUGGGCUGAUACUAGUUUUCAGGGCCAAUACUGAUGCAGAUUAUUUCUUGUUCAUGAAACCAGUAACCAACAUUGGGAACUGGUAUGCAAUGCAGCCAUUUUGUUUCUCAUUUGUUUGGUUGAUUAAAUUUUUGUAUUUAUCGAAUGCAAAAAUCCAACAACAUAAUUACAGCAUUAUAUUUCAUCUACUGGUUGACCUGCCCUUUUAUAAGUGACAUCAGAAUCAGCUGUUGAAAUACUGAUAUCAACCCACCGAUAAUGAGGACAUGAAGAGAAACACAGCCGACAAGAUAAAAGUUUAGACUAGGGGUUGAUCCAUAUUGGUCGUAUAUCAUAUGUCAUUUGCUAAUUAUGAUCAUAUGCCAAUUAUUGUCCCUAAUUAUUUGUCCGAGCUCCAACCAUUGGUGAGUGUGAGUAACAGUGUGGAUGAUGAUACCUGAGACUUUGCCCACAGCUGCUGGCUCUGCUGUUGUACAGACAGAGCCUCGAACCUUUAAGCGUGAGCAGAAAGAUUGUGUUCUUCACUUUGCUUUUGCACACUCUGCAGGCAGCUACUGAUUUAUCGAGGAUGACGUCUUUUAUACAAAAGCCAGAAGGCGUCCAGACUUGAAAUCAGAUGGCGUCUCUCAUAGCCAAGUUUCUCAGCGCCAAUACAAUCAUCGGUUUCCUUUCGAGACAAUUAUAAACCUAAGUUGUACAUUGGUGCUGCACUGCCUCUUUUGUAUCAACAAUGGUGCAUUGUGGGACUUUAGAGUGAUGCUUUGAAACCAUGAAUGGAUCGUCCUCCUCAGUAAAUCAAACUCCCUCUGAGUCUUCAAAAACCAAGUCAGAAAGAGAAACUUCAAACUGAAAGAGCUGCUUAAGUGUCUCGUUCACGUCUCACUGUCUCCCUCUGUAUAGUCAGUGAAAACCAAUCAAAACCUGCGGUUGGUUCAUGCAAGGACAGCUGAGUUAUUUCCAUGGCAACAGAGUCAGACUACGAUAUUCAGCUGAUGUGGGCAUUAGGAGGCUGAGCUUAAUGUAUGGAAGCGACUCCGGCAGCUAAGUGUGUGUGUCGUGAUGCUGAAUCGUUGUGUUUUUUCUCCAUUAGAUGAAUAUUCAAGUGUUUUGCACUUUCUAGGAAGGUCAAUUCAGUUGUACAAACUGCUGAAGUGAAAUGCUGUUGUAAAUAAUGGAGGAAUCAAAAGGAGGGAAGUUAGAGACCUGAUUUGUGAUGGAUUUUUUUAAUUAAAUUUAUUAAAUGAGUCCUGGUGAGACAGCUUUUAAUUUGAGCAGGCAAAAACACAGCAUGUUUUUGCAUUAUAUGUUCUGAAGAAAGUAGAAAUAUUAAUGUCUUUAAAUUUAGAAUUAAAGAUACAGUAUGCGGUAUUUAAAGGCAUUCACCAGAACAGACCAGGAAGAUGUGGAAUACAACAUUCGAAAGUAAUCUGAGUUGGUUUGAAUCCACCUGAAUGUCAAGUUUCUGUUUUGUUAACUUCAAAUGACUCUUAAUUUUCACUCAGGAGGACUGACUGAUGUCUCGCAUCACAGUUACAAUGUGCACAUGGUGUCAGAGGGUUAGACACCACUAAAUGUGAGCAGGAGGGAGACUGAUUUAAAAAGAGAUUGAAAGAUCCACAUUUGAAAUGCACUCAAAACACACUGCAUCAAUUCCUGUAGUUCAUUAUCACACUUUAAUUUGCAGAAUGGAAUUAAAUUGCAAUAUUAGUUUUUCAUUGUCGUGCCGCCUUACAGAGGCCAUGUUUCUAUGGUAACACAGAAUUUAAAAAGAGUAACACAGACAGUUUUGUACUUAAAGGCUGCACAAAAUACAAGACGAAGAAGAAGAAGAAGAAGAGAGCAAUGUUUGUUGUGCCCACAAGAAUUUGUGUGAAUGGAAAAACCUGACAGAGGAUCAUACGAAUCAUGCAUUACAGGGGCUUCUUGUCCUCAAAGGCCACCAUAGCUUCACUGAUGGUCAGGGUGAGCAAGGUAGCAUUCCAAUGUAGAAUCAGUUAGAAUCACCUUACAUGGCGGGAGUGUUUUCAUUUCUGUCCUUCAGCGAGAGAAUAAUAAGACAUUUGAUGUGACAUGAGGAUAAAGCUCACAGGUGUGGUAUUAUUGGAUGAACUGCUCCUUUACAGCAUCAUUAGAGGUGCGAGGCACUAACUUGAUCUCCUUUUCUCUGUGUCAAACUCAAACACAAACACAUUCAUGAAUCAGGAUCGUGUGCAGUAUGAUUCAGUCACAGCUGAGAUUGCUGUUGAAGAAAAAACACAUUGCUGCAUUUUUUAAUUUUGUUAUUAAGCAAAAUGAAAUUAAAGGCUUCAACGAUCAUC